AUGUUUUACGAAGCUUUAGAUUAUUACGAUCUUUCUGGAUGGAGUAUUGAGCCAAUGCCAAACAAUGUAGACACGAGUCGAGAAGCAUUAAUUCAGGGACAACGUAACUGGCCUUUUCGAACACAUAACGCUAGAGCUAAAUUUAAGUGUCGCAGUUGCGGGAAAAAGUGGACAUCAUCUUACACAACCGUUAUUUGGAGAGCUCGUUGGAGCACAGGCAUUGUUCAAAUUAUUAUAGAGAAGCAAGGCUGUCGAAGAUGUAAUACGAACUGUCAAGGGAUCCUUACUGAUGAAGAUGAAAUAGAAUUUGCCUUAGACUGGAUGUGUAUCUGGAUUUUGGAUGUUUUCUACGGGAUUCGAGACGAAGACACGCAUAGUGGUGACGAUGAACCAGACGAUGAUGAAGAGUCUAAAGGCCCACAUGAUUAUCAACGUUGUGAAGCGGGAAGGAAACGUACAUGUAGAAAAUGUAAUAAAAUGAGAGGACGUCGUAAUCCAAAUGACACUUGA